AUGGCCGACACGGUUGGCGGCGAUCAGGUGCGCGCGCGCUCGGCCUUCUCGCCACCACCACCACUUGGCCGUUCCCCGACCGACAACAACGGACAACAGCGUGUCCCGGCCCAAGCUCCGGCCGACGUUGCUGACGCCGACGCUUACACCGACGAGCAUGACCCCGACGCGCAAGUACUUUACCUCGACCACCCGGCGCACUGGCACCCGCACCUCGGCGACCAGCACCACGCCGCCGCCGCUACCGCCAGCUCGACGUCGCCACCCGCGUCUCCUACCGCGCUCUACCCGCGCCCCCAGCCAACGCCCGACUCGCCAACACAGCGCCUGCGCGCCAUGAACAUCAAGUUACCGUCCCGCACGUGGUGGCUCGACGGCGGCUCGGGCUCGCGACCAAGCAGCCCGCUCGCGGGUCUGCACCCCGAGUUUGUCGACGCCUCCGCGCUCCCCAACGCGCCGUACCCUUCCGUCGCGUCGUCGUACCCCUCCUCGGCGAGUUUCCCCGGCUCCUCAGGCUCGGGCUUCUCGACCUCGCCGUCGUUCGCGUCCUCCGCGCCCCCGUCGGUGCCCUCGACGCCGCCCAUCGACCCUACAAAGCUCAACAACGUGCCCGUGCACACGCCGCCCCGCGACUCGCCCCGCCGGCCAAGCAUGACGCGCACGCCCUCCGGCUCGAUCAGCGACGACGGCCUCGCGGCGCUCAACCUCGCCCUCAGCCGCACCGCUAGCCCGACCGUCGCCGAGACGGGGCUCAAGCUCGUGCCUGUCGACGGGCCUAGCUCGGGCCAGCUCGAGCGCAAAGAGAAGAACAAGGACGUUAUCCGCCUCGACUCGUUUGGAGGCGAGGGCCUGCAGCGCAAGCCGUCGGGCCGGGCGUCGUUCUCUACGUGA